AUGGCUUGGAUCACCCGGUUCCUCACCGCCAUAUCCUUCCUUGUUGUGGGGAUCGUCUUCGUCCCAGACGUCUUCGGGUCGCGAUCGGAUGGCUUUGCCCUCACCGUGUCCCUCGUCAAGCUCGGCCACCUCCUCAGCUUCGCUACUGCCUGGGGAGCCGCUCUCUGGGUCACCUUCAUCGGCGGCAUCAUUAUGUUCAAGUAAUUGUUCUAUAAAUCCUUGCCCCGAUGAUUCUAAUUAUGUGCCGGUGUCGUAUUGUUCCCUAGUUUUUUUGGUCUUACUUUUGGAAUUGAAUGAAAUAAAAAAAACUGUUCAGGAAUCUGCCGAGGCACCAGUUUGGGAACCUUCAGGGCAAGAUGUUCCCUGCAUAUUUCUCAACUCUCUCAGUGUGCGUGGCUAUCACUGUGGCCGCGUUUGCAUACUUACAUCCUUGGAAAUCAGCGUCAACAAUGGAGAGGUAUCAGCUAGGAUUCCUGCUUUCAUCGUUUGGUUUCAACCUCUCAAACCUGCUGGUGUUCACUCCCAUGACCAUCGAGGUGAAUACUUAAUCCCUUUCUGGUGUCCUGCUCUUAAUCUCUUUCUUGUGUCCUGCCCUUUAAUUUCUUAGGGAAUGCGGUCCUGCUUUUGAAUAUUUAUGUUGUAUGGAAUAAAAGCUUAUGGCCAUCAUUUUAGACGAAAUGCCGUAAUUUACUUCAGCCGACUGUAAUUUUCUUGCCGAGCGAUUUUGGUCCCUUGUUGAACCGAACUCUUUCCCAAUUUGGCCCACGCCAUUGAGGAUGUCACUUGCGUGAAACGGGGUUACAAAGGAAUAUUUUAUUAAAUUUCUUAAAGAUUAGAGAGAGGCCUUUAACGUUUGUAAAGUUUUUGUCUUUUACGCAUAUCUUUUGAUCUCAUAUCUUAUUUCGGCAUCUUUAUGAAUUCUAAAUUCUACUCGCUGCAAUAUCAUGCUUUCGUUUUGCGAAAUGAAUUCGGAUGAAAAAGAGAGAUAGCUUAUAUGGAAUCUCUUGUGUCUAUGAUUGUAAAGGAGGUUUGGAGAAGAGGAAAACACAAAAUAUAGCUACCAAAGCAUGCACAGUAUGAGUAAUUUGACACAAAAUCUCAUAUACGGGGAGAUAUCUUCAAAUACAACUAAUUUCGGUUUUGGUGUGUUUGUAAUCCCACAAUAUGGAAUCAACUCCGCUCAUGAUGCCUCUAUUCAGAAGAAAAUAUUAUGAACCGUCAUUUAUGGAUUCCUCUGCAACAUGAAUUGCUAAGCAAAUGCAAGAUCAUCUGGAAACGCAUCUAAAAGUUUAGAUAUUAUUCUAUGCCCCUGUUAAGUAGUAUACUCAAUUCCUCAGUAUCAUCUAAUCCAACUUCACCCCAGUGGUUAUGCCUAGUAUGUUGUACAGAAUAUAUUUUCAUGGAACUCUUCAAAGCACAGGUGUGAUUAUAUGCUGACCAUACAUACUGAAGAAAGAUCCUUAUAUCAGCCAUUUCCGCUAUCCAGAAUCAAGUUCAUAUGCUAUUAUGCAUCACCACCUUUUGAUCAGGAGAACAGUAGUGUAUUUUUUUUUAACGAGUUGUUAUCCCUCAUCAUUUCAUAUGGUAUUCCUGUGAAAUAUCGUGUGCAGAUAUUUACCCUACUGCCUUGUUUCUGGUAUAGCCUUUCUUAGUCGAUUGACUGGAAGAAGGGGAUUGAUUAACAGCGGAAAAAAAAUUAUCUAUUGAUGUCCUGAGGAAUGAAAUGCCAUUUAUUCCUAUUCUUUCCACGAAGAGAUAAAAAAUAAUCAUAAAAUAACGAGUAUGUUUACUCAAAGUAUAGAAUAGCAUGCACGAUUACUCAUGGAGAGCAGGUAAAGUUGGACCUGGCCAUUUUCCAAUGUAAAGUAUCCCUAGCCUGAGUGCCGGCAACCAAUCUUAACCUUUUCAACCUCAUGCUGUUUAGCGCAUAACCUUUUUGAAGUGAGGUAGGCUUCAUGGCCAAUUCUGACGCGACUUGUAAUAUCUUAUUUAGACUAUUGGCAGGAUAUCUAUUUCAUACCCAAAUCAAUUGAUUAUACACUGUUGGAUGCUUACAUUGUUAGUCAGCACGCAUCAAACAAAAGGAUUGUAUCUAGCUUGCAUCCUUCCCUUUCACCAAGUCCAAGUAAGCAGUCGAGUGUUUCUUCCUUUCCGUACAAACAACUUGUUGUUUUCCUAGGAUUCUGAUAAACCCUCUCCUUGCGAACUUGGGCUCUCCCCAAACCUUCCACCAUUUUGGAUAGCAAACACUAAUUAGGACAUGGUCGCCUACAAUGAUAGACGAGGAUGAUUGAUGAUGAUUGGACGAGGAGUUGUGUGAAAUUUGUCCGAAUAAAGAAUAGAUGCUUCGCUCAUUUCACAACCAUUAAUAAAUGCUCAUGCAAUAUUGGAAAUAAACAAAUUUUCUUUAGCAUGAUUCUCUUUGACUUGCAGUUAUUAAACCUUGUCCUUGUAGAGAAAUGAACAGCAGGGGAAAAUGGAUACUAGAUGACUAGGUUUCAAGAAACUUGUUUGAAAUUGAUCAAGAGAAUAUUAAACGAAAACAAAGGUAGGCGCAUCAUAUUUGGUUACUUGCUAGAGAGAGAAAUGAGCCACCACCUGGAAAUAGUCACACAAGAAAACCAGUUAUGAUGCUGUGAUGGGCUCAGUUGAACGAGAGGGAGGGGGGCUUCUGAAACCAUGGAACACAGAACCAGCAAGUAAAGACUGGAAAUGGCUGAACCGGAUCUGAGAUGAUCCAAACAGAACCUGAAGAACCAGAUCAUACCAGGUCUCAGCUGAACCACGCAGAACCAGCUGGUUAUCAACUCAGAGCCGAAAUUGUGACCAGGAGUAAUCGACUUGUUACUUGCAGAGCCAUUUUCAACGGAUCCAAGUAGCUUUCUUUCCUUGAGAGAAGCCCUGCUAGGCCGGAGGCAACGGACCCACCUUUCUUGAGCCCCGAAUAUGUCUUGCCCAAUGAAGUUAUAAUUGUUCUAUAAAUAGGAAUUGAAAUGUAUAUGCUCAUACUUUAUCCAUUUGGGCUGACGUGAAGAGACUCUCUCUCUUGAACAGAUGAUGAAGAAACGGCACAAGCUAGAGAGAGAAUUAAACAUGGGCGACGAGGUCGGAUGGUCGAAGAACGUCCCUGGUGCCAAGGUCAACCCGAAGCUUGCGGCGAUGAACAAGAAGUUUGGGAUGAUCCACGGGCUGUCAUCUCUGGCCAACAUCAUGUCCUUUGGGAGCUUGGCUAUGCACUCCUGGUACUUGACCAGCAAACUCCAGCUCUAG